GGGCAAUAUAAACAUUGGUCGACUCUUUAAAAAGAUUGUUGCAUUAUGUGAGGUACAAAAUUAGCAGAUGUGUGACUUGAACUCACUUCUGCUGACAGAUUUAUAAAGAGGUGAUGCUGUCUACAGUCAGUACUUCCUCCCCUUUAUGAAGAGCAUCUAUCUUUCCAACAACUGUAUUUAGUAAUUUGUUAGUUUCAUAGUUUAUAUCUUUUGACGAUAUAAAAUGACUUGAUAGUUUUUUUUAGAACUUCCCUUCAAAGUAGUUAUGCCUUGUGUAUUAGCAGGUACUACAUGUAGUACUUCAUGUUAUUGUAACCACUGAGUUACAAAACACUCAAUUCUGUUGGCUUUGGCUUUGUUAGAAAAAGACCUUGUAUCAAGUAUCAGCAUAGCAACUUUUAUUACACUAAACCCGUUUGGUAAAUAAAUAGGCACUGGUAUUUUCUAACGACUCCAAUGUGCCAAACAAGAUGCAAAUAGGAUAUACCUAACACACCCUACAGAAAGAUCAAUGAGCCAGCUACAAGCUCAUUCAUGGUUCUUAAAAGGAAACAUUGUUCAAGUUUCUUUGUAUAAAUAGAGGACUUGAAGGGCACUGCACAGUUGAGGUGGUGCAGUGGAAACAAGACAGUGCAACUCGUCUUAGAACUGCCAAAAAUUGAGUCUGACAGUAACUGUUGAUGACAGUUGGAACUACCAUAAACUUUUCAAGGAAGUACAUUGUACAUAAGUACCGACUUGAAGUGGAUUUGAAGCACAAAAAAGAACUGUUUCAGUGUCAAGGAUCACUACAUACCAGGCAACAUGACAAACAAGGUGAGGACAUUGCUGGUUCUUCUGCUGAUCAUCCUGAAGGAAACUGGACCAACCAAAGCCUGCAGCAGCAGCUGUUCAUCAGACUGUGACUGCAGCAGGAGAGGCCUCACCAGUGUUCCUCAGGACCUGCCUACAGCCAUCACAACGCUCAACUUGCAUUGGAAUGCCAUUACAACAAUAGAGCAAUAUGACUUUUUUCCAUAUAGGAGUUUGGAAAGAUUAAAUCUAGGACAGAAUCAGAUCUCUAUGAUCCAUGUCAGAGCAUUCCACAACUUGACCAGCUUAAACGAAAUAAACCUUAGUCAGAAUCAACUGACCAGUCUCUCAGCUGACAUAUUUGAGGGACUUGGUAAUCUGCAGAGCUUGUAUCUUUCCUCUAACCAAUUGACCAGUCUCUCAGCUGACAUAUUUGAGGGACUUGGUAACCUACAGACCUUGAAUCUUUACGACAACCAGUUAACAAUCCUCUCAGCUGACAUAUUUGAGGGACUUGGUAAUCUACAGACCUUGGAUCUUUACUAUAACCAGUUAACAAACCUCCCAGCUGACAUAUUUCAGGGACUUGGUAACCUUACAACCUUGACUCUUAACUCUAACCAAUUGACCAGUCUCUCAGCUGAUAUAUUUUCAGGACUUGGUAACUUACAAACCUUGGAUCUUUCCUUUAGCCGAUUGACCAGUCUCUCAGCUGACAUUUUUGACAUACUAGCUUCCAUUCAAUAUGUUGAUAUUUACGACAACCGCUGGCAGUGUGACUGUAGGAUGCUUCCCUUUAAGCAAAAGAUGAACGGUUCUUAUGCAUUUGAAAACCAAAUCAUCUGUGCUGGACCUGGUAACCUUAGUAGGAAAAGCUUACUACGAGAGGUAAAUCCUGAAGAUCUGAUCUGUGAACAGACGUCAACAGUCUCCUUCUCAACUGACCCAUCUACUGUUGCUGAGGUUUCCACACCAACAUCUUCCACAAAACUCACAGCACACAUUGCUGUCACCUCACCUGACUUGUCUGCAGUAAGUACUUCCUCCCCUCUUAGUAGCACAGUAAAAUCAACACCACAGGCACCAAUGUCUUCCCCAACAUCUAGCAUAACAAACAUCCCUGACACUUCGGGCUUGUCCACAGCUUCCCCUUUUGGCCAAACCGUAAAGUCAACAUCACAAACACCUGUAUAUUCCACACUACCCAUUUCCAGUAUUUCUCGAAGUACAGAGUUGAGCAUGACAGAAAGCAAUGCUGCUCCUUCUUCUGAAUUCUUCUCUCUGCCAGUCUUCCUCAGUGGUUUUCUUGGCGUAGUGGCGGGAAUUUUCCUCUUGGGCAUUGUUCUAUUUGCAAGGUACAUGUACAAGAGGAGGAACAGCAAUCCUCUUGCAGACCAAAGCCCUGGUGUCGUGUUCAGCAACACAAACACCGCGACAGCUACUGUCACAAUCAGUGCUCAAAACCAGACAAGGCAUGGCACUUCACAAACAGAUGAUUCAGCAGAAUAUGAUGACGUAGCUAUUCAAUCAGGAAGUUCACAGGUAUGUACAGGCCACAGGCAAGAUCGUUACAGUGUUGAAGGAGGUUAUGAGGUACCACCCCCCUCCCUUCCCCCUAGAAAUGGAGCUGGUCAGCAGGUUUACUACCAGAAUGAGUCAGACUAGUUGUACAACAAGCACGUGGUGCUGAUACAGCAAACCACUAUGAGCCUCUGAGGUGGAACUGAACAGUGUAAAGUUAGCAGAUAACCUGAAUGUAAUUAUAGCUUGAACUUGACAGUGGGGAGAACCAGAACUGUAAACUUAUAAGAUUGUGUUGUCGCAUACAUAUGUGUACAUGUAUGUGUAAUACUGGUAUCCCAUCCAUAGGUCCCAUAUACAUGUUAUUGUGUCCAAAGAAUCAUAUGCAACGUCUGUUAUUUCAAUGCAUUAGAAUAGUUACGUGCCGGAUACUAUAGGGCUAUCCUUAUGACAAA